AUGGCCGCGGAGGGCCACGGCCCUGCCCGAGUGGUCGAACCGACCGAUUCUCGGGCCUUCGAUCAGGGCCCCCCACAGCCCCGCGAUGCCGCCGACCAUGUGGACCACGCCCGACCCGGCGAAGUCGAUGACUCCGGACCCGAAGAGGAGGUUGUCGGAUUUGACGGGGCUGGCCCAGCCGUCGGCGGACCAGAACCAGUGGGAGACGACGGGGUAGACGAAACCGGUGAGGAAGGCGGAGUAGAUGAGGUAGGCGACGAACUGGGUGCGCUCGGCGAUGGAGCCGCUGGUGAUGCCGGCGGCGGCGAUGGCGAAGGCCCACUGGUAGAGGAAGUUGGAGUAGUCGAAGGAGGCGGUGGGGACGUCCUUCAGGCCGAAGAAGUGGCGGCCGAUGAAGCCGUUGGAGGGGCCGCCGAAGGCGAAGGCGAAGCCGAAGAGGUAGUAGAAGAGGCCGCCAGCGGCCGCGUCGAGGACGUUGGUGAGCAUGAUGUUCAUGGUGUUCUUGGCGCGGACGGAUCCGGCGCAGAGCAUGGCGAAUCCCAGCUGCAUCGAAAAGACAAGGUACGCCGAGAAGAGGAGGUAAGUCGAGUCAACGGCGAAGGCCGUGUCCGUGAACCGAUCGGAGACGGCGGUGAACUGGCUGCAGAUGUAGCCGGCGGCAGCCACGGCGUUGGUGGUGUUGGGGCCGAAGAGAGGCGCGAGCGCAUCGGCGGAGCAGAAAGUGGUUCUGUUUUGGAGGACUACACAGUUUUGGAUCCCAAUUUAUAG